AUGUCUCCCAUGGUGAAGGUGCUGGUGCUCAUGUGCGUGUUUGUUGGAGGGAGGGACACGUCAGCGUUCUUGCACAACGCGCUUGCGGCGAGAUCUGCGCGAGAUGUGACAGAGUUCUGCUCUCGUGAGGGCGCUGCGGUAAGACAAAGCGGUACGAGCCAGUCAUCAGCAAAAGAAGGGCAGCUCUGCAUGAAGGGAGGUGGCGGUGGACGCAAGUCCAAAGGGAACAAAAAGGGCAGGGGAAAAGUGAACCCCGCUCUGCAGGCUGCACUAGAGAAGUGGGAGCCUGUCAUCGGAAUCGAGAUACACGCGCAGAUCUCGUCGAGCACGAAGGCGUACUGCUCCUGCAGCACCCUGUACAGCCCCGACAGCCCCAACACGAACGUCUGUCCCGUCUGCCUCGGCGAGCCGGGCUCCCUGCCGGUGCCGAAUGCGCGAGUCGUGGAGCUAUCCGCGAAGGCCGGCAUGGCUCUCGGUUGCACCAUCGCCGCAGAAACCAAGUGGGAUCGCAAGAACUAUUUCUAUCCCGACACCCCGAAGAACUACCAGAUCACCCAGUACGACAGGCCGAUCGCCGAGCACGGGGAGAUCGUGCUGCCUUCUGGAAAGAAGGUGGGCGUCACGCGUCUGCACAUGGAGGAAGACUCGGCGAAGAUGAACCACCAGGGGGCAGAAAGCCUCGCAGGCUCCACGCACUCCCUCGUCGACUUCAACCGCGCCGGCACCCCUCUCGCCGAGAUCGUGAGCGAGCCCGACAUGAGGUCCGGGAUCGAGGCCGCCGAAUACGGGCGAGAGCUUCAGAGGGUGCUGCGGUAUCUGGGCGUGUCGGACGGAAACAUGGCGGAGGGGUCCAUGCGGCUCGACGUGAACGUUAGCCUCAGGCCCAAGGGCGAAAAAUGCCUCAAUACCAAGGUGGAGCUCAAGAACCUCAACUCCUUCCGAGCGGUGCAAGAGUCGGUGGACUUUGAGAUCGUGAGGCAGUCCAGGUGUUACGAGACAGAUGAGGUCAUCCGGCAGGAGACGAGACUGUGGGACGAGAAGAAGAAGGCAACCCAGAUCAUGCGCGUCAAGGAAGGCGAAGCGGACUACCGCUACUUCCCCGAGCCAGACAUCCCACCGCUUGCACUGCCGGCGGAGUUGCUACAGAGAUGGCGUUCCGAGCUGUGCGAGUUGCCCGCCGGAAAGAGGGAACGGUACCAGUCGGAGCUCGGACUGUCGGAAGAAGACGCUUCUGCUCUAUCGGACGACCAGUCCGUGGCGCUGUACUUCGAGGAGGCGGUGGGGGCGGGGUCCGACCCCGGGGAGGCGUGCAAGUGGCUCAUCGGUGACAUCGCCGGGUACCUCAACAGCAAAAAGAAAGGAAUCAGGGAGAUCGGGCUGACACCGUCCGGCCUCGCCGAGCUGGUGGGUCUCAUCAGGGAGAGAAAAAUCUCGGGCCGCAUCGCCAAGGAGUUGCUGCCAGAGCUGCUGGGAGGCGAGUGGGAGGGGGGCGUGGAGGAGCUUGUGGAGGAGAGGGGGAUGCAAGCCAUCAAUGAUCCUGCUGAGAUCGAGGGUUUCGUGCGUGAUGUGAUGAAGGCCAACGCGGACAAGGUGGAACAGUUCCGCUCGGGCAAGACCAAGCUGCAGGGUUUCUUCGUGGGACAGGCGGUAGCCUUGUCUGGGGGCAAGGCGGACCCCGAGCUAACGGGAGAGGUUGCGCGAAGAUUGCUUGAGGACGUUGGGGUUGAGGCUGGGGCUUCAUGACCCCGUUGAAGCUGUUAGUAUAGAUAUAGCAUAGGCAGAAUCGAACAUACCUGUUGUUUGGGGAAAAUGGAACUAUUGCCAUUUAUGAGAUUGCGGUCUAAGCGGUCCAUAUUCGCUCUUCUGUUGAAGGGUGUGUUGGCGGUUUCUUCGAUGCGGAUGUAACACGUGGCCGGAAAUUGGAGUGCCGAUGUUUUUACGAGAGAGAUAGUGGAUGGAGACUCUGCAUCAUCAACCUGAUGUCCUCUGGUUGGUGCUCGCCCGACCCUCCCAAUGACCCGACGAGGUGUCUAAUGAUCGGCUCUUGGGACGCCUCGUGGUGUUUCUUACCUC